AUGAGCAAUAAUUUUUAUCAAGUAGUUCCAAUCCGAGAAAGACAAAGUACCAGUGCAACCAAGAUGGAAAAUGGCUCAUCAAGAAGCUACUUUGAGAAGUUCCUAUAUUACCUCAGUUAUAUAACUGUAGAACCAACUCUGGUGUUGUACAUGUUGGCAUUCAUGACCACCUCUGUUAUAGAACAAUCAUUUUAUGUAUACAAAGCUUGCACUGUCAACCAUGGCUACAACAAAACGAUUUGUGAUAAUAUAAAUGACAAACAGUAUGCAAAUUUUACCAAACAAGUUCAGACCACGACCGCCACAUUCCACCUGUGGAACAGCGUAGCCGGCCACUUCUUCCCCAUAAUCCUGGCCCUUUUCAUGGGCGCAUGGUCGGACAGGCGAGGCAGGAAGCUGCCGCUGCUCAUCGGCUUAGGAGGCAAGCUGCUCUUCUCCGCCAUGAUGGUGGUUAACACGCUGAUGACGGAAUGGCCGGUCGAGUACGUGAUUUAUACGGCCACCCUGCCUAGCGCCAUCUCUGGGGCGGACGUGGCGAUAUUCGCGGCCGCGUUCACUUAUCUGGUGGACGUGACGUCGCAGAAAAACAGGACGAUUAGGGUCACUGUUCUGGAGGUAUGUUAUCUGGCUACGAUGCCGAUCGGAGUGGCUCUCGGUUCUUAUCUUUUCAGAAACGUUCUGGAAAAAUCAUACACGUACAUGUUUGUAAUCAACACCCUUCUGAUGGUGAUGGCGUUUUUGUAUACCUUGGCCAGGUUGAAAUGGAGAAGCAAUCCUAGGCAAAGACCGCUCUCAGAAGCUGACAAUAAGUUCUUCGAUUUCUUCGAUUACAAUCACGUGACGAACACAAUCGACACCCUGUUCAAAAAGCGGCCUUCCAACAGAAGGAGUUAUCUGUUGAUAUUGAUAGUUAUGAUGGCCUUGUAUACUUUCCAGAGAGACGAAAGAGAAAUGAUGUUUAUGUAUUGUCAGCUCGCCUUCCAUUGGACCGUAGGGCAGUUCAGUACUUUCAGGACAUUUCAAUCGGCCUUGCAAGACAUAGUACUAUUGGUUGCCAUUCCACUGAUGAGCAAGCUAUUCGGAUGGAGGGACACGAUAAUAAUUAUGAUUGGUGCUGCUGCUCAUACCACUGCCAGAUUAUUUUACAUUGUGGCUGAUGAUAGCUUGAUCUUUUAUAUAGGAGGAGUGUUUGCAUCCUUUGGGCCAAUUGUUGCUCCAGUAAUAAGAUCGAUGGUAUCUAAGAUAGUGUUGACUUCAGAGAAAGGGAAAGCUUUCUCUGUCCUUGCCGUAGCAGAUAACGCAAUUCCUUUAGUAUCAGGAAUCUGUUAUAGCAGUUUGUAUUAUAGUACCUUAAAUAGCUACCAUUCUGCCUUAUUCUAUCUGACAAUGGUAACCCAAAUUGGGGUAUUUUUACUUAUUAUGUAUAUCCAUUUGAAGACGGAUAAAGAGGAAUUUGAUAGGGACAUAAGAGAAAUGGAUGACAUCAGCCCAGAUGAAAAUGACCGGUUUAAUUGAAAAAAAAAAAACAGUUGUGUAAUCUCAGAAGGCUUCUAUUUAGUUUUUUAGUAGCAGGAUAAAAAGACGAAUAGAAAAAACAUGUUCAAUUAAGUUUAAAUACAGAAAGAGGAAGAGAAAAUAUUUUUUGGGUAGUUACCCAAAAGGCUAUCGACCGAAGUCUUUCAGCCUAGUC